AUGGUGAUUAAGAUUCGCUUGGCGCGCUUCGGCCGCCGAAACCUGCCAUUUUACAACAUUGUCGUCGCCCACGCACGCACCGCGCGCAACUCCAAGCCCCUCGAGGUCAUUGGCACGUACGACCCGGUCCCCAAGGCCGACCCCUACGAGAACACCGGCCGCCUGCACAAGGACAUCCGGCUCGACUCGCAGCGCGCGCGGUACUGGAUCGGCGUCGGCGCGCAGCCGACGGACACGGCGUGGCGGCUGCUGAGCAUGGUCGGCAUCCUGCCCGCUAAGCAGUUUGGCCCGGCCAAGGCCGAGGCGACCAAGGCGGUCGAGUCGAAGGACGUGCAGAUUCGCUGA